CCGCCCGCCAGCCCUCUUUCUGCAUUCAAGUAUUCAACCCGCUUUCUUCGUUCUUUCCUUCUUUCUUCUCUCUUUAGAUAAUAGAGACAGAGGGAGAGAGACAAGGUUAGGACGAAAUUGCCAAUUGCCUCCUCCAAAUUCAAAACCGUGUAUACGCACAAACACACAGCAGACUGCCCCCCAAGCGACCCCCACAAACAACUUCUUGUCCUUCGUCACUUGAAUCGAAGAGAGAAAGAGGGAGAGAGAGAGGGAAGAUGAGUCCGAAUUGGGAGCUAAAGCACUGCUGCAAUCAUGACCAAGUUGUGUUUCUUGUUACCAUCGGCGUCUUCACUGUCGUCAUUCUUGCCUUAUGGAGGACAAUACUUCUCACACCUUUCAAGCUCAUUACAGUGUUUCUUCAUGAAGCAAGCCAUGCAAUUGCUUGUAAGCUCACAUGUGGUCAGGUUGAGGGCAUGCAAGUUCAUGCAAAUGAGGGUGGGGUGACUCAAACACGUGGUGGUGUUUAUUGGUUGAUCUUGCCGGCAGGAUAUCUCGGUUCAUCAUUUUGGGGAAUGGCUCUUAUACUUGCUUCUACAAAUCUCCUCACUUCUAGAAUUGCUGCUGGAUGUUUUAUUGCCGCUUUGUUGGUUGUGCUUUUCAUUGCUAAAAAUUGGACUCUCCGAGGACUUUGCAUUGGAUUUAUCAUUUUCAUUGGUGUAGUAUGGGUUCUGCAAGAGCUGACUAAAGUUCGCAUUCUUCGCUAUGUCAUUCUCUUCAUUGGUGUUAUGAACAGUUUGUUUUCAGUAUACGAUAUAUACGAUGAUUUGAUCUCUCGAAGGGUUCAUUCAAGUGAUGCUGAGAAGUUUGCAGAACUUUGCCCCUGCCCUUGUAAUGGUGUUGGAUGGGGUGUUAUUUGGGGAAUGAUAUCUUUCGUAUUUCUUUGUGGAGCCAUGUAUCUUGGACUGGUCAUCCUGUCCUGAGGUUUGUUGACUUGGUUAUGAAUCCAGUCAACCGUGAUUCAUGGGAAGACCGGAAUUCGGUGUCGAUUCAACAAAAUUUUUUUUCCACUCUGAAUUAUUCUUUUGCUCAAUUUUUGGACUAGGAACUGUAGGUCGGGAUUGUGUACAGUGAGGAGGAAUGUUCCAGUCCAUGAUCUACUGUGGGCAAAUUUUUUUUGAACCUACCAGUUUGCUGGAUGUCUCAGAUCUUUUAGCUCUGGAUUCUCGAACUGUAUAGUUCGGUUUAUUGAAGUUCCCGAUUGAACUGGAUUAGCAACUAGCAAAUGCGAGUAAAUUUGGUAUUAGCGUUGAUUCAUUA